CCAAGGCGCAAAAUGGUCGCCUCGUCUCUUGCAGUGCUGCGAGCGUCCGGACUGUGCCGAAGGGGCCUGAAAAGUUGGGCGCUGUGGCUGGGGACUCCUCCGCUGAGACAGAACCUGGGCCCUUUCCUGGGAUUGUGGAUUCUUGGAGCAGGAGGUGGCCUCCUGGAGUAUCGAGCUAGUCUGCUGGCUGGGAAGGGUUUUGCUGUGAUGGCUCUGGCUUAUUAUAACUAUGAAGACCUCCCCAAGAGCAUGGAGACCCUCCACCUGGAGUACUUUGAAGAAGCUGUCAACUACCUGUGCAAUCACCCUGAGGUAAAGGGUCCAGGAGUCGGGCUGCUUGGAAUUUCCAAAGGGGGUGAACUAUGCCUUUCCAUGGCCUCUUUCCUGAAGGGCAUCACGGCUGCUGUCAUAAUCAAUGGCUCUGUGGCCAAUGUUGGGGGAACCUUACACUACAAGGGGGAGACGCUGCCUCCUAUUGGCGUCAACAAAAAUCGAAUCAAGGUGACCAAAGAUGGCUUUGCAGACAUUGUGGAUGCCCUGAACAGCCCUCUGGAAGGACCUGACCAGAAGAGCUUCAUUCCUGUGGAAAGGGCUGAGAGCACCUUCCUGUUCCUUGUAGGUCAGGAUGACCACAACUGGAAGAGUGAGUUCUAUGCUCAGGAGGCCUCCAAACGCUUACAGGCCCACGGGAGGAAAAAGCCCCAGAUCAUCUGUUACCCAGGGGCAGGGCACUAUAUUGAGCCUCCUUACUUCCCCUUAUGCCGGGCUUCCCUGCAUACCUUGGUGGGCAGUCCUGUCAUUUGGGGAGGGGAGCCCAGGGCUCAUGCCAUGGCCCAGGUGGAUGCCUGGGAGCAACUCCAGACUUUCUUCCACAAACACCUGGGUGGUAAAGAGGAGACAGUACCAGCAAAACUAUAAGUUUUAAUUGAUUGUGUGGCAUCUCUGCUGCUAAUCUCUCCUGGGAACAGCUGCCACAUUUGGUGUGUGUUAUGUAUAUUCUUUUUGUUCUUUUUAAUAACUACAUAGAGUUUUUCCCCUUUCACUGUUAAGAUGAAGUUACCAGU